AUGACUGAUCGGCUGCGAGAAGCGCUGCGGGCACUAUCUGAGGUAGAGAAAGCAAAGGCGGAGCUCGCCAAGAAGUCUGCAGCCGCCACCGCCACGUCAGGCCAGAACUUCUCUACAAGUGUUGGAGAGGGCCGUGUAGCGCCUAGCUCAGCUGCGAAGGCGCAUCACCCUAGCGCUGCUGUUCCUCCCGCAGCGGUUUCUGCAACGCCUCAGCUAGAAGAGCUGACGUCAAGCGAUGGUGGCAGCUCCGGCAGUAGUAGAUCAGGCAACGACGUCAGUGCUGGUGGGACCGUGAAUGCUACCUCGACGCAGAGCGCUAGCACGGCGACGUCAUCAUGGAUUCGAAACAAGAAGCCCAAGUUUUGGGCUCUCGUCAAUGAGGCCGGCGCUGACGACGUGGAGGCCGGCGGCAGCGGCGAACGACUCGCAACGGCCACGACAGCCUCCACGGCCGCUGGCAGUGCAGCGGCGGCAUCAUCGAGCACCGAAGCUUCUCCUUCGGCCAGCACGGCAGUCAGCGCGCCGUUGGCAGCAAUGCCACCCACGCUUGCUGGUGAAGCUUCACCCUCGGAUGCGGCGACCGGAUCUUCUUUGCCCUCGAGCGCGGCUGCUAGCGCUGCCUCCUCCGCCACUGUCGGUGCUCGGAAGGAUGCAGACUCGCCGAGCUCACUAAAAGCAACCGGCCGCGCCGUUACGGCGCACAGCGUCCGCAUCUCGACGUCGGUCUCGCCGUUCCGCAACCGCUACAAGCGUGACGUGGCGCAUGUGCUGUCGGAGCUGCUGAACAGCGACCCCACGCUGGGGCCCCAGCUGCUGGGUCAGCUGUCCGCCGAGAGCCGACGCCUGCUACUCAUCAUGGGGGCGGCCAGCGAGUACUUUGGUGUGGAUUACGAGGAGGUGGCCGAGCAGGUGAAGGUGGCGGACACGGACAGAGACAACUCUAUUUCCUCCAAGGAGUACGAUGCCUGGGUGCGGCGCAUGGCGGACUCGACGCCGGCGAAGCGUCGCCAUGCAAAGGAGAGCCAGGCAAGCGCGGGAACUUCGGACCCGGUGCUGGCGUCGGCCUCCGCCUCUGCUCAGGGCGCCGCUGCGGUAGUCACAGCUGCACCGCCGUCGAUGCCCUCGACGGCGCCCCAGAGCAGCAGCCGCGGUGCAAGUGGGACAAGCCCCUCUGUUAAAGCUUCAUCUGCCACACUAUCGCGUCACAGGACUGACAUGUCGGUUGACACAGCAAAGGACGCUAGAGCUUGUAUCAUCGGCGCGAUACAGAAGAGUGCUCCAUCAGCGGCGGGGGCGCCAGGGAGUCGCGAUGUCUGUGGCGGUGCCGCCUUAGCUGGUAGCCCUGCUGGAUCUGUUGUGGCAAGGUCAUCGCCCACACGUGCCUCUCUCGAGGGCAGUGCUGCCAAUGGAAGUCGUGGCUUUGUCAGCGACGCCGCCGGCGGUGGUGCGGGUUCCUCCCCCUUUCUGCCGGUCACCCCAGCUUCCACGGUCACCACCGCAGCCAGCGCGUCCAUUAAGCAGGACCCGGGGUACAUUCCGUGGCCGACGUACCUGAGGAUCGUUGCGGCCGCCGCGCCGCCGUUCCUAGCCUUUGGGAUGCUGGAUAAUUCCACUCUUGUCCUCGCCGGCGGCGCAAUCGACAACGCCCUAUCCGGCAGCCUGGGUCUCUCGCAGAUGGCCGCCGCCAGUCUCGGCGGCGUUGUCAGCGGGGUGGCGGGAAUUCAAGUGCACGGCCUAGCAGAGCGUUAUACGCGGGCAGCACCGCCACGUCUGACGAUGGAACAGCAGCGCAGCGAUGCCUACUCGCGUGCCACGCAGGCGGGGAACACGCUGGGGAUGGUGGUUGGGCUCAUCCUUGGCAUGACCCCGCUGCUGUUCAUGGGCGGGUCGAUGCAGUUGGCAGAGCAGGAGGAGCGCGACCGUCACCACUUCCAGCGAGAGGCUGCGCGCAGUCACCAGCGUCACUGCAAGGCGAUGGAGAAGGAAGAGGCAACACUGCGGCAGCGGUUGUGGGAGGAGGAGGGGGCAGCGCGGGAGGCGCUGCUGCGAGGCGACGACAGAAUGCAACUUCUCCGCCCUGUUCAAGGAUUGAGCAGGCAGACAUGA